UAUAUGUUGAGAAAUCACAAAGAAUAAUAAUCAUGAGUGGAAGUGGUGCUUGCGUUUAUAAAAACCCUUCAUAUAAUACAACAACCAUGUUCUCUUUGAACCAAAACAAAAAUAAUCAAUCUCAAGUACAAGUACUACAAAACACAACCAAAAUCGAAAACUCAAAAUCAUGUUUCACUUCUACAUGUACUGGUAGUAUUUUUCAGAUGCCAUUGCACUAUCCAAGGUACAAAAAAUCCGAUUACGAGACGAUGCCGAUGUGGAAACUCGAUUGCCUUCUCAGACAAUAUGGACUACCGGUGAUCGGAGAUGUCAAUCACAAGAGGAAGUUUGCUAUGGGAGCUUUCCUUUGGCCUAGCCAAAAUUAAAUACGUGAAUGGACGAGUUCUGCAGAUUUAACUGAACGUUACUGAAAAAUUAUGAAUUAUAUUCUAGAAAUUGUAAUAUUGAACUAUGAUCAUAGUCAUGUUUUAGUAUACUAGUUCCACACACGAGCGUUGCACGUGUUCCCCAAGCUAAAUUGCAUGAAGUUGUUGUAACGAUGUGUUUGUAUGACCUCUUUGAUAUUAAAGAUGAAGAAACCACAAAUAUUGUGAAAUAAAAAUAAUUAUAUGUUAAAUGA